UUUCCCAGGGCUGAAGAGGCAUCACAAUGAGGCUGAACAUGGGAGCAGCAUGGGUGGGCUUCCUUUUCCUGCUGGCUUACAGCUGGGUCAUCUUCUGCGAAGAAAACUGUGGGACUUUUCACAUGAGAUGUGACUCAAAAACUAUACAGAACGGUGCCAACAAAGCCAUUGUGGACAGCAACAUUAUGGGGGAAUUGUACGAAAAUGCGUCAAAAGCCCAAGGGAAUGCCAAAAUGGUAAAAGGCAUCAAAGGGUUGAAAGUGAAAGACAUGCGGCCUCCGAAUGUGACUGUGGACUACCUGCCAGAUGAGGGGACAAGGAUGUGCAUAAUAUCUCAGCUCACAGUUGGCGGGAAAAGCUUUAUAGGUGGCCCCAUGGAAAUCACAGUGAAGAACAACAUGUCAAUUCUUUGUGAAAUCAAAAAGAACACCAAGAAGGAGCUUGAGAUUGACUUGAAGAAAUGCAGAGUGGACCUGAUAAGCUGCAAGACAAACCUCCCCAGCAGCAUGCUUCCAAAAAUAGUGGCUAAGUUUCUGAAUUCUACGCUUACAAAAGUCAUGCCAGGCAUGAUGUGUCCAGCAGCAGAGAAAGUCGUCAAAGUAAUGGAAAAGAUGACAUCGUCUUCCUGGCAAAAACAACCCAUUGGUGAUCGUGGAGCCAUCGAAUAUAAGCUUUGUAAGGACCCUAAAAUAACACAGGACGGUGCAAUGCUACAGUUAGAAACUGUUAUACAUAAGAAAAAUGGAGACAAGAUUGAAAUGCCCCAGCGGGCAAAAAUGCCCAAAGAAAUGCCACCAAAGAAGGAGGGCUUCACCGAUGUCUUAAUUUCUGCAGAUUACAUGGAUGCUUUAAUGGAAUUGUUCGCAGAUGACUUCCGCUGUGAUGUCAACAAGGCCAAGGUUUCGUCACUCACGAUUGGCAAGUUGGCAAAAAUGAUCCCAUCGAUCUCUAAAUCGCAGCCUGCAUCGAAGGCAGUGAAGGCAGAAAUAAGACUGAAAGAACCGGUCAAGCAUUCCUUGGGGCCCAAUGGAAGCUACAUGACGGUCCACUCCUCCGUGAACCUCAUUGCAGAGCCAAAGGGCAAAAUUCUCUUCUCCUUCGAAAUGGUCCAGCGAUGGGACGUUGAUUAUGCUGUGGAAGAUGAAAAACUGAAACUGAAAAUCAAAAGUGUCAGCACCAAGGAGAUCAAGGUCACUUCUAAAUCUCCUGGCAAAGUGGAGAUGGAACCACUGAAAAAAUAUAUGCAGGAUAUAGUGAAAACUGCUUGUAUGCCAGCUGUCAACAAAGCAUUGAGUGACAACCUGGUGCCACUUCCCAACCUGAUGGCGGCCACAUAUGAAGAAAGCACAAAAGAAUUCAAGAAAUUACCAGAUGCGCUGAUGAUGCACAUCCAUUCGGAGCCUGUGGACUUCUCGAACCUGGUGAAGAAAAUGGGAGAAAUUACCAGUAAAGGCGAACACUGAGAGGCAAAGCACAGGAGAUGUGAGUUCCACUGGGGACCUCUCCAUGCCGCCUGAGCUCUCAUCACCAAAACGACAAUCUGAAAAACGCACACCAACAAUAGCAGCCAAUCUUCAGCACACAAGGGUCUCGGAAAGGGACUAGAACUCUCCCUGGUCACGCAAAGUCCGUUUCCAGUUCUGUAGCAGCAUCCAAAAAUCAAUAAAGUGAUUCUGAUUUCCUCUUCUGCA